UCAAGGACCAAGCCCAUCUGGGAAUUUCAGGUCACAUGUUUUUGAUAAAGCAAAAGACACUUGAGCACCUCUUAUCUACUCCUGCGCUGGAGAUCAACUGCUACACAGAAGUCUUCCACGGCUGUUGGCUGCAGACUGAGCUCAGGAGCCUCUCUGCAUCAAUGGAUUUGCGUAAGCGGGUUUGGAGUGUUUGUGCAGUGUUCGGCUUGCUGCUCAUCGUAGAUUCGCGGUGUGAAAUAACGUGGGAAGUUCCUCGCUUUGAUGGCUGGUACAACAGUUUAGGUGAUCCCAAACGUGGAGCAGUGGGUUCUCACCUUGUGCGGCUGGUACCUGCUAACUUCCGGGAUGGCGUCUACCAAGCAAAGAACGAGUCCGAGUUGCCCAAUCCAAGAAACCUGAGCCGCACUCUCAGCGUCGGCCCUUCGGGGUUGCCCUCUACGCGAAACCACACUGUCUUAUCUUUGAUUUUUGGUCAUCAUGUUGCGUUUGAAAUCAUGAACUCAUGGACUCCUGGGUGCCCUCCUGAAUUCAUGAACAUCCCAGUGCCUAAAGGGGACCCUGUUUUUGACCCAAAUAGCACCGGGAAAGUUCUGCUUCCCUUUCAGAGAGGACCAUGGGAUAAAGACACGGGCCAGAGUCCCGGCAACCCUCGCACACAGGUCAACUUUGUCACCGCCUGGAUUGAUGGCAGCUCCAUCUAUGGCCCAUCCACUUCCUGGUCAGACUCCCUGAGAAACUUUUCUGAUGGGCUGCUCAUGACCGGGAAAUGGAACAUGCCGAGACAGACGACCGGUCAAAGUUUCAUAUGGAGUGCCGCCGACCCCACAACAGGUGAUCAUGAACCUCAAGGCCUCUACGAGUUGGGAAAUGCUUGGGGCAACGAGAAUGUGUUCACAGCAGCAGAAGGGAUAAUCUGGUUUCGUUACCACAAUUAUUUAGCCACUAAAUUGCGUAAGGAGCACCCAAAGUGGUCAGACGAAGAGUUGUUUCAAAAUGCCAGGAAGACAGUCGUGGCCACAUUCCAGAAUAUUGCUCUGUACGAAUGGCUGCCAUCAUACCUGAGAGGCAAAACUCUUCCGCCUUACCCAGGAUAUCAGAAGUUUGUUGAUCCCGCUAUCUCUCCUGAGUUUCUGGCUGCCGCUAUGAGAUUAGGAAUCACGAUGGCACCCCCUGGUGUUUACAUGAGAAACAGAACCUGCCAUUUCCGAAAAGUCCUCAACCCUGAUGGCAGUUUGUCGCCAGGAUUGCGACUUUGUAACAGUUUUUGGAAACGUAAGGAGGUUAACGUGAACUCAAGCCACGAUGUGGAUGACCUCCUUAUGGGCAUGGCCUCUCAGAUUGCAGAAGAAGUUGACCACAUUGUUGUGGAGGACCUAAGAGACUUCAUGUACGGACCACUUAAGUUCACGCGCUCGGAUCUGGUCGCCCUGACCAUCCAGAGAGGACGAGACUUUGGCCUUCGCAGUUACACGGAGGUCAGGCAAGCUCUGGAUCUGCCUUCUGUAGAGACAUUCGGAGACAUUAAUCCUCAGAUCAACAGCACCAACCCAGAGCUACUGCGAGAAGUUGCACAAAUAUAUCAUGGAGACGUCUCCAAAUUAGAGCUCUUCCCUGGAGGACUGCUCGAGUCAAUGGGUAGUCCAGGUCCAGUUUUUUCUGCUAUAAUCUUAGACCAGUUUGAACGCAUAAGAAAUGGCGAUCGCUUCUGGUUUGAGAACAAACACAAUGGUUUAUUCUCAGAAGACGAGAUCCAAAGGAUCUGUAACACGACUUUUCACGACGUCCUCGUUGCGGUCACAAAUGCAAACGGUUCUGACAUACAAAAGAGCGUAUUCAUCUGGAAGAAAGGUGAUCCUUGUCCUCAACCCACCCAGCUAAAUACCUCAAUGCUCCAUCCCUGCACCAAUGCCACCAAACUCAAUUACUUUGAUGGGAGUAAAAUUGGAUUUGGGAUAUGGAUUAUCAUUCUGUUCCUCUUUCCUGUUGUGAGUUACUUCGUGGCUUGCACGGUAGCGCAUCACCGCAAGUCCCGCUUCAGGAAGUUCCAGAAAAAAGGGAACCCCAUUGGAAGAACGGCGACAAUAGUUUCAGGAUUUGCCGCCUGCGAGUGGCUGAACCAUAAAAAGCCUCUGCAUCCCGUCAUGGUCGAGGUCAUAGAGGAGAGGAAGCUGCAGAUACGAGACAGAUCUGGAGCUACUCUCCGCUGCUUGAAUCUGAACAAACAACAUCGCCUCAAUGUGCUCCUCUCGUAUGACCGCCAUCAGAAAGCGCUUCUGCUCAAAGUGCCGAAGGAAUACGACCUGGUGCUGUUUUUUGAGGAUGAGAGCAAACGUUCGGCGUUCCUCGAGUGUCUGUACUCUGACGAGAGGCAUGAGGUUCGAGUGAGGGAGAUGAAGGAGAAGGAGCUUCUGAAGGAGGCGUUAACAGGAGAGCAAAGGGCACAGAUUGUGGAAACGUUCAUCCGACAUGCUUUCUCCAAGGUCUUGGAAAUAGAGAAGUGCGAUGCCGGGGACAUGAGUGUCGUUUCCUGCAAGAAAGCCAAAGAAGUUCUACGGUGCGAGUUGACGGCUGCAGAAUUUGCCGAUGCGUUGGGCCUCAAGCCCGAUUCCUUGUUUGUGAACUCCAUGUUCACGCUGGCUGAUAAAGACGGCAACGGCUACCUCUCCUUCCAGGAGUUUCUUGAUGUCAUUGUCAUUUUUAUGAAUGGAACCCCUGAGGAAAAGUCCAAGCUGAUGUUCUCCAUGAAUGAUGUCAGCGGAAAUGGGUUUUUAUCAAAAGAAGACUUUGCCAGGAUGCUUAGGUCGUUCAUUGAAAUCUCCAACGGCGCGUUGUCAAAGUGUCAGACGGACGACGCCAUCAGAGCCAUGAUGCUGGCCGCCGGCUUUGACAACAAAGAGAACAUUACAUGGGAAGAUUUCCAUUUCCUCCUCCGUGACCAUGAGAACGAGCUUCAGUUUGCUCAGCUCAGUGUUAAAGGGGUGGAGAAACAAGGAAAUAAAUUGUUUAAUCGUGAUCAAAGAGUUUCUUUCAUCAGCCCACUGAGAAGCAGUGACAAUACAGACGGACUGGAUAUCCGCAGACGGAAAAAGUUUGACCUGAAUACUCCCAAAGUGUACGUGAAGGCCAAGCGUGACUACUACAUAAGAAGCCCCAUCCACCAGAAGAUCCAACAGUUCAAACGAUUCAUUGAGAACUACCGCUGCCAUAUUGUCUGCUUCAUCGUGGUUUACGGCAUAACGGCCGGCGUGGCGACCGAGAGAUGUUAUUACUACAGCAUGCAGGCUACGUCGACGGGCAUGCCCGAGACUUCAGUGGUGGGAGUGGUGGUGUCCCGGGGCACAGCGGCUGCCAUUUCGUUUCUAUUUCCCUACAUGCUCCUCACCGUGUGUCGCAACCUCAUCACAAUAUGCAGAGAGACUUUCCUCAAUAGAUACAUCCCAUUCGACGCCGCCAUCGACCUUCAUCGUUCCAUGGCCACCACUGCCCUCCUUCUCACAGUUGCUCACAGCUUGGGUCAUGUGGUCAACAUCUACAUCUUCUCCAUCAGUAACCUGAACAUCCUGGCUUGCUUGUUCCCAAAGGUUUUGACUAAUAAUGGGUCAGAAGUUCCUCUCAAGUGGUCAUGGUGGUUCUUUCAAACUGUUCCAGGGCUCACCGGUGUGCUGCUUCUUUUCACUUUGGCCUUCAUUUACGUUUUUGCCACUCGCCAUUUUCGCCGCAUCAGUUUUCGAGGGUUCUGGAUCACUCAUAAACUUUACAUUGUCAUGUAUAUUUUGACUAUCAUUCAUGGCAGUUUUGGUUUGCUUCAAGAGCCACGUUUCUACAUCUUCCUCAUUCCACCUGCACUUUUCUUCCUGCUGGAUAAACUUAUCAGCCUGAGCAGGAAGAAAGUGGAGAUUCCUGUCGUCAGAGCAGAGCUUCUGCCCUCAGGCGUAACUCAUCUGAAGUUCAAGCGACCACAAGGCUUUGUAUAUCGUUCGGGCCAGUGGGUCCGUAUUGCAUGCCUGAUGUUAGGCACAGAUGAGUACCACCCUUUUACGCUGACCUCAGCUCCUCACGAGGAGACCCUCAGCCUGCACAUCAGGGCUGUAGGGCCCUGGACCAGCCAGCUCAGAGAGCUCUACAGUGAAGAGAGUCUGAUUGAACUUGGAGCUUAUCCAAAGCUGUAUCUGGAUGGCCCGUUCGGAGAGGGACACCAGGAAUGGACGGACUUUGAGGUGUCUGUUUUGGUGGGAGGAGGCAUCGGCGUCACGCCAUUUGCUUCCAUCCUCAAGGAUCUGGUGUUCAAGUCCUCCAUCAAGUCAAAGAUUCAGUGUCAAAAGGUGUACUUCAUCUGGGUGACACGGACCCAGCGUCAGUUUGAGUGGGUGUCAGACAUCAUCAGGGAGGUGGAGGAGAUGGACUCGCUGGAGCUGGUGUCAGUUCACACUUAUAUCACGCAGGUGGCACAGAAGUUUGACCUGCGCACUACCAUGCUGUACGUGUGCGAGCGUCACUUCCAGAAAGUGUGGAACCGCAGCCUGUUCACCGGCCUGCGAUCUAUCACCCAUUUUGGCCGGCCGCCCUUUGUGUCGUUUUUCAGCUCGUUGCAGGAGGUUCAUCCAGAGGUGUCCAAGAUAGGUGUGUUUAGCUGUGGACCGCCGGGAUUGACCAAGAAUGUGGAAAAAGCCUGUCAGCACAUGAACAAGAGGGAUCAGGCUCUGUUCAUGCACCACUAUGAGAAUUUUUAAGAUUAAGUAACUCCAGUUUAGAGUCAGGAAAUGUAUUGUACCCUUUUGAAUAUAUUUGAAUCUACUGAUACAACAAGUGUGCUCUCUUAUUACACUGUUUGUCCUCUGCAUUCAUUGCAGCCUGGUCAUCCUGGAAGAGGGACCCUCCCAUCUGUGGUCUCCUCUCAAGGUUUCUCAUUUCCCCUAGCUGGAGUUUUGAGUUUUUCCUUGCCCUCUUGGGAGUUUAAGAUCAGGGGAUGUUUGAGAAUAUUUUCCAUUUUUCACAUGUCCUGAGUGUUGUUACUCACCUAAAUGUUGAACAGAGGCUGUGUUUUACCGAAGUCAAAUCCCUUGUUUGGCACGCUCAAACAUGGCGAAUAAAAACCAUUGAAUCUUGAA